AUGGGCGCGCGCGCAGCCGCCACCGGCGCGCCGCCGGCGCGUUCAAAACCGCCGCGCGACGACGCGCGAGGCGCCGAGACGACGAGCAAGGGCAAGAAACCGAAAGCCAAGGCACCGCGUGGCGCGUCGGACGCGGACGCGAAGGCGGAGGAGGGCAUCGCCGCGGAUGGGCACGUGGACUUUGGAUUCGAGCGCGUGGAGGCGCUGACGGGACGUCGGAAAGCCGCUGAGGCGAAGAAGAAGAAGUCUUCCGGGGGAUUUGAAUCGAUGGACAUACUACCAGAUGUGUUUCGAGCCGUCAAGCGCAAGGGUUAUCGCGUGCCGACGCCGAUUCAGCGAAAGGCAAUACCGCCGGCGUUGGAGGGACGGGACGUCGUCGCCAUGGCGCGCACGGGGAGCGGGAAAACGGCGGCGUUUUUGAUACCAGUGUUGAGUAAACUCAGGACGCAUAGCUUGAAAGCUGGCGCGCGGUGCGUGAUAUUGGCACCCACGCGCGAGCUGGCGUUGCAGACGUUCAAGUUUGCGAAAGAGUUGGCCAAGUUUACGGAUUUGCGCGUCGCGGCGCUCGUCGGGGGAGAUUCCAUGGAGGCCCAAUUCGCAGAUUUGAGCAACAACCCAGAUGUCAUCGUCGCAACGCCCGGUCGUCUGUUGCAUCAUAUCGAUGAAGUUAAGGCGUUCACUCUUCGAACGGUGUGUCACGUCGUCCUCGAUGAAGCAGACCGACUUUUAGAGAUGGGUUUCGCAGACCAGUUGAAACAAAUCAUGAACUCUGUGGCGGAUGUCAGGCAGACACUUUUGUUCUCGGCGACGCUACCGAGCGCGUUAGCAGAGUUUGUGCGCGUGGGACUGCGCGAGCCCGAAGUCGUGCGCCUCGACGCUGAGAUGAAAAUUUCAUCUGAUUUGCGCAUGUCCUUUGUGUUGAUGCGAAGCGACGAAAAGGUCGCUGCUUUGUUGUACAUGCUUCGCGAAGUCAUCCCGAAACGGCAACAGACUGUGGUUUUUGCGUCGACAAGACACCACGUUGAGUGGUUGCAGAACGUACUCGAAUUCGAAGGCGUUAAAGUUUCGAGCAUUUAUGGGUCGAUGGACAUGAUGGCGCGUAAAAUGGCGCUGGGCAGGUUUCGCGCGAAGAAGGCUGAUGUUCUCGUGGUCACUGACGUCGCUGCGCGCGGUAUAGACAUUCCUUUGCUCGACAACGUCAUUAAUUACGACUUCCCCGCAAAGGGCAAGUUAUUCGUCCACAGAGUUGGUCGCGUCGCGCGCGCCGGUCGAACCGGUAACGCGCACAGCUUCCUCGUCAAGGAAGAGCUCGGUUUUUUAGUUGACUUGCACUUGUUUCUCGGUCGCAAAAUAGCGGCUGCGUCGAAAGCACCGCCGAGUUCGACUGAGGAGGCGCUUGAAAUCGCGCGCAAAGCGGAAGAAUCUGCUACGUCAAUAAUAGGUACCUGCCCCAUCGGCGCGCUUGACAUGCUCACCGAUCGCCUGCGGGAGGUGAUGAAGGCGAAGGAUGAAUUUGAAGGUUUGGAACGCACGGCGAAUAACGCUUAUAGACUGUACCAAAAGACGCGUGGGACUGCAUCAAGCGAAUCGAUGAGUCGCGCGCAGCCUCUCGUGCUUGCGGGACCGCAUCCACUGUUG